UGUGCGACAAUUUAGGCUGUCCAGGCCGUGGGGAUUUACACUACUGCCCUUUUUUUCCCACGUCCGAGUUGUUGCGGAACGGUUUGAUGCAGAAGUGCGUGAAUGUAGGUGCGUGAACGUGCGUGACAGUUUUAUCUCACAACACAACAGCAAAAAGGAAAAAAAAAAACACUCAACCACACAAAUAACAUGUUUGAGCGAUUUUGACACACAUCCACAAACCACCACGCUAAACGUUUCCUUCCGGAUAGAAGCUGCGUUUUUGUAGUGAAACCGUUUCACCGUGUGCUUGAUCGACGACUGUGUGUCUCUACGCCGCUCUGGCUGUGUGUGAGUGUACAAGUAUUUUGGAUUUCUGCAUCCGAGGAGGCGAUUUUUUCGGCGAAAGAAGCAAAACAAAACGUACCCGCGCACACACCGGCACCAACGACGGAAAAGAGCUAGAAACGAGGUUUUGUUUUCUUCUGCCAUCAUAGGAGACUGUGUGGUCAACGUAGACAAGGUCCCGCCAAAAAUUCAAACCCCAGUUCCCGGUGGACCACUAGGCAAAAACAAACUUUCGUUCAAGUGAAGCAACGACCGCAAGCGCCUGUGUGUGUAUGUGUCUCGCUGUAUGUGACAUGUGUGCCGUGAAACGUGAAAGAAAGUCUCCGAUGCAGCAAGCUUGACAGAGCACCGCUACCAUUCAAAACAGGAAUAUCGACAUUGCCGUGCGUGCCAGACAAAAACAUUCGAAGUUUGACAGGUCCUCGUCCGUAUGUGCAUUGUGAGUGUCAAGUAGUGAUUUCCGUAGUGUGUGACGCGAUCGCGAGUGUGUGUCCUCGGUGAAGUGAUCUCUGGGGUUUUUUUUUUUUGAGCAGCGAUCCCCUUUGGGCGUCGUGUGCCGCGCGGUUUUGCGACACCACGGACCCACGCAACGGCUCCAAGAUUCUCUCGCUACAGCAUCCCUAUCACCAUCAUCACCAUCCGAACGCCGGUAGCACGCUGGAGGGCAGAACGAUCGAGUACCGGCCCGGUGGCGGGCUGGACUACCACAACUCUCCCCUCAUGGCGGAGAUACCGACCGGUGACUACAGCCACAUCCACCGGUCCAUCGAUCAGCUCCGGUCGAUGAACGAACGGGGCGUACUGGGACAGCUUAACGCACUGCAACACGCGGCGGCAGCCGUUGGCAAUGGAACCGAUCUCCGGUCGGCCCUAGUACACGACUACAAACCUUACAUUAGUGAUCUGCGGGCGAAUGCCGCCAACGAUCGGUUGAUCGACUACGCUGUCGUCCAAAAGCACCACCACCAUCAUCAGCAACAGCAGCAGCAGCAGCAACAGCAGCAGCAGCAACAACAGCAACAGCAUCAGCAACACCAACAGCAACAACAGCAUCCUCACCAGCAGCAGCAACAGCAGCAACAUCAUCAGCACGGUCCUCCACACCUGCUGGACGAUCGGACAGGCAACAACAAUAACAACAACAACAACCAUGAAACGGAUCUGCGAAUGGUGGAGGAUCACAAGCCUCCCCACUACAGUGCGCCGUCCACACCUCCCACGCCGUUGGCGAUCGUCGAGACGCAGAUGGCAGAACCUGUGAAGAGAUAUGGAAAAGGUCGCAAAAAGAUCUUCUCCGCCAAGGCUAACCUGGAGCUGCACGGCGGAUCGCUUCAGAUGCGCGAAACCAAACCGUACAAAUGCACGCAAUGCACCAAGUCGUUCGCCAACUCGAGCUACCUGUCCCAGCACACGCGGAUACACCUGGGCAUCAAACCGUACCGGUGCGAGAUCUGUCAGCGCAAGUUCACCCAGCUGUCCCAUCUGCAGCAGCACAUCCGGACGCACACCGGCGACAAACCGUACAAAUGCCGACAUCCGGGCUGCCCGAAAGCGUUCUCGCAGCUCUCCAACCUGCAGUCCCAUUCGCGGUGCCAUCAGACGGACAAACCGUUCAAGUGUAACUCGUGCUACAAGUGCUUCACGGACGAGGCCUCCCUGCUGGAGCACAUCCCGAAGCACAAGGACUCGAAGCAUCUGAAGACGCACAUCUGCCAGCUGUGCGGCAAAUCGUACACGCAGGAAACGUAUCUGGCGAAGCACAUGCAGAAGCACGCGGAAAAGGAGGAAAAGCGUCGCAACCGGGCGGCCGGUGGCGGCGGUGGUGGAGGCGGUGGUGGUGGCGGUAGCGGGGCGGCGAGCGGUGCCAACUCUUCGGCCGGUUCCGGAGCUGCGGGAAAUAAUAAUAAUAAUAAUAAUAAUAACAGCAGUAAUGCGAACAGCAACGCGAAUAAUAGCGGUGCCGGAAGUCCAAACGGUGGGGGCGCUGGCGGAGCGGCCGUGGUAGCGAAUGCGGCCGCGGUGGCAGCGGUCGCCGAUGCAGCCGCCGUUGGAUUGGCCGGCCUGGCUGGGUUGGGACUGAACCGGAUGGGCGGUAUGGUGGUAGGGAAUGCGGCCGCGGCAGCAGCAGCCGUCGGGCUGGAGCAUCCUUACUGGCCCAAGGUUAGUCCGGAUUCGGCCGCUAGUCUAGCGGAGGCCAUGCAGCAGCAGCAGCAACAGCAGCAGCAACAGCAACAGCAGCAGCAGUACGAUUUCAGCAGUAGUGGCGGGGCGAGCGGCGGUAACAGUGGUGGCGGAGCCGGUGGCAACGCGAACAAUGGUGGCGCCGCGAACGAUCCGCAGCAUCAUCGUAACUUGAACGGGAGCAGCAGUUCCGCCAACUCGGCGGACGACGUCGGCGAGGACCUGGUCGUCAUCCGGCACAACUCCCAGCAGCAGCAGCAGCAGCAGCAGCACGUUAGCAACCAAUCGAAUGCCUCGUCCGCCGCCAACUCGUCCGCCUUCACGCCGAUCAACGUGAUGCCACCGCAUCUGAACAGCCUGGCGGCGGCCCACCAGCACCACCAGCAGCAGCUGGCGGCCGCCCAGCAGCGGGCCGCCCCACCCUCGUACCUGUACGACGCGAUCAGCUUCCAGAACCAGAAAGCGAUCAAUCAGAAUGCGGCGGCGGUGGCUGCGGCCGCCGCGAACGGCUUCCCGAACCAGCUCAUCUCCCUGCACCAGAUCCGGAACUAUGCGCACCAGCCGGGCGCGGGUGGUGGCGGUGGCGGCGGCGGCGGCGGAGGCGUCGGAGGCCUUCUGUCUGGGGAGCAUUUGCUGAUGGGCGGCGGUGUUGGCAAGGUGGAAAAAUAGUUUCAUCUGCAAGGGCUGCGUGUGUGUGUGCGCGCGUGAUAAAGAUGAUGUAAUUAUAGAGCGCAAAUCUCCACACCUCCCGCACACAAGCACACACACAGACAAAUCCGAUCCCGAGGAUCCGUCGUUUGUUUGUAACAAAAGCUUCUUUGUAUCUCUCCUCUCGGUGUAGAAAGGGAUAUUUGGUAGGGGGGAGUAGUAGCAUGUGUGGACUACUUCGAUUAAUUUCUAUUUUUUCUCUCUCACACACUCCCUAUCUUGCGCCACGCACACACACACGCAGCCAACCAACACGGGAGACAAGCCUACUAGAUUGUAAGCUCCUUCUUUAAGUUAGAUAAGUUUCGUCGUUGCUAGGAUCCGCGUUUGACAAAAAAAAAGAGGAUAGUUUGAAACUGUUCGCACGCAGACCAACACACACACACACACACACGCACACACACAGCUUUCUCGUGGGGGAGCCUCCGCUGUAUUGUUUUUAAUUUCUUGCUUAGAGAAUAUUUGCGCCUAGUUAAAGGAUCUCGGUGAUUUUAGACGGAUAAGUAAGCACUGCUGUGGUGUGGCAGCGGAAGCGGGCGGAGGGAUCUUCUUCUUUUUCCUUUUUGUUUAUUUGAUAAAAAAAGCCCCCCUUAAACAUGAGCCACCACCGUGUAUGUGCGCGCGCUUGUGUGUGCGUGUGUGUGUUUGCGUGCUUUUAUGUAGUGUAGGGGGGGGGGGGAACGAACAGGCGCGAGUAGGCGGCAAGCUGAGCUAUAAGAAAAGUAGGCAAAAAUACUUUAAUUUGCAAAACAAACACACAAAAUGCAUGCCAGCCGAUAGCAAACACACAUGGGGGAAAACAGAGAGGUAAAAACAAUUGUAAAUAGAGAACAAUCGAAGCGAGAAUGGAGUAAGUAGCUAUAAAUAUACAUACCAACACAUAUACAUAUGCAUCUCUAUAUAAAUGUCACUCUGAAUCACUUGAAGUGUGUGUAUGUGUGUGUGUGUGCUCUCUCGUGUAUCCUGUUAACGUAUGAUCCUUGUACAAA